AUGGCACCACCUACGACCCCCCUGAAGGCACCGCCUACAGCCCCUUCACAGGCACCAUCUGCACAGGUAGCAACAUCACCUGGCCCGGUUGACGUCGUUAAAAUCCUGCAAAAGGCUAGCCACUUCACAGUCUUGGUCCGCCUAAUGCAAGCUACAACAGAAGACAUUGAGUUAAACAAGGAGCUGAACAACACAAACAAUGGAAUAACAAUCUUGGCCCCAAGUGACAAUGCAUUCUCGAGCCUCAAAGCAGGCUUUCUUAACUCUCUAAGCGAUGAAGACAAGGCUGAGCUGGUGAAGUUUCACGUACUACCAGCGUUUAUAUCCUCUUCCCAAUUCCAGACUGUGAGUAACCCUGUAAGGACACAGGCUGGAACAGGUCCCAGGGAAACACUAAAUGUCACCACCACAGGGAAUUUCGUGAAUAUAAGUUCAGGACUGACAAACACAAGCAUAUCCAGCACGGUGUACACUGACAGCCAGCUUGCUAUUUAUCAAAUUGAUAAGGUACUAUUUCCUUUGGACGUUUUUACUCCUAAGCCUCCUGCUCCUGCUCCUGCACCAGCACAGGGAAAGCCUAGGAAGGCAGGACCCGAUGUAGAAAGUCCUACUGCUCCUAAGGAUAUUUCUGGUGCUCUAACUCUUCUUAUUCCGCAAAAUAAUGCCUUGCUCCUUGCACUCAGCUGUACGGUUGCUGCAAUAAUAUUUUCAUGA